GAGUAUACAUUGAUAUAGAUACAUAAACAUGAGAAAGAGAUAAGAAAAAAGGGGGAACAUAUGUAAUAUUCACUAGGCACAGGUGGAAUUGCACUUUCUUUUUUCUUGUGUUCCAUAAACAGUACCAUAUUUUCAAAUCUUUGGAUAUAAAUUAAACCCUUAUGAACUUGAGUUAGUUUCAUUCUGACCCCAAAAUACUCCACCACAGAUAUAUAGAUAUGAUAGGAACACCAAUAACCUAAGCCCAAUUGAUUGACUCACACAUAUAUAUCACUAGGCACACACUCCCAUAACAAAAACAAAAAAUUAAAAAAUAUCCCUCUCUAAAUUCACCUAUCUCUAUUAUAUUAUCCUUCAUAAGGUUCUUGCACACCAGGUGUUUGACCAAAUGGAAUAUGCAACAUAUUCAUCAGCAGCAGAAGUUUGUGAAGGUAUUGAAACUCCACCAGCACCAGCAGCAUCAUCUUCAUCAAUUUCAUCCAUGAUGAUUUGUAGGAAGAAGAAGAACAACAACAGCAACAAUACAAGGAGGUUCAGUGAUGAUCAAAUCAAGUCAUUGGAAUCAAUAUUUGAGACUGAGUCAAGGCUUGAGCCAAAGAAGAAGCUUCAACUUGCAAGGGAGCUUGGUUUGCAGCCAAGACAAGUUGCUAUUUGGUUUCAGAACAAGAGAGCAAGGUGGAAGUCAAAGCAACUUGAGAGAGAUUACACCAUUCUCAGAAACAAUUACAACAAUUUGGCUUCAAGGUUUGAGUCACUCAAGAAGGAGAAACAAGCAUUACUAAUUCAGUUGCAGAAGCUGAAUGAUCUAAUACAGAAGCCAUCAAUGGAGAAGAAAACUCAGAGCAUGGACAGUGAAUCAGAAAAUGGUGACACAACCAAGAGUGGUAGUGAACUUAAGGUCAAACCAAUAAGCCAAUCAUCAAUGGCAGCAAGAUCAUCAGAACAUGCAGUUCUUUGUGGUGGUGGUGGUGGUGGUGCUCUUUCAGAUGAUGAUACAAGCAUCAAAGUUGAGUACUUUGGAAACUUGGAAGAUGGGCUUGUGAAUUUUGCUCAUGAUCAUGGUGAUGGGUCUUUGACAUCACCAGAAGAUUGGGGUCAUUUUGAUUCUGAUGAUCUUUUAGGCCAAUCAACCAGUGAUUACCAAUGGUGGGACUUUUGGUCCUGAUGGAAUUACAGCUUUGUGAAACCCUCGAGUUAACUCGUAAACUCUUCUCAGCUUAUGAUGUAUUUAGCUUCCCAAUUGAGUUCAUGAGUUUGUGAGUCGAGUUUUUAGCCCUACGAAUUCAGGUGAACUUUCGCGCUUGAUUACUUUGAUCCUGAAACAUGAAACAGAACAUGGGCAAAAAGGCACAUUUUUUUUCUUUUGUAAUUAUCAUAUAAUCAUUAUAUACGAGCGUCUAUAGGGGGAACUGAAUUCACAUGUUCUUGUUUUCAUCCACAAUAAUGUUCUCUAGGCUAUUUUCAUGCACAUGUUCAUAUCAACCAAUAAUUUCAGCUUC